CGCUCCAUUACGACCGUUGGAAUCAACUCUUUCCCUUCCCUCCUCUGCUCUCCCCCGAGAGACCCUAAUCUUUGUUCCCCUUCCCCUUCCCCUUCCCCUUCCAAGAUCUCUCCUUUCUUGGUCCCGCGACAUGGCGUCGCCUCUGAUGAGGCUCCGGGAUCGAGAGUGGUACUCCCCCGCCUCCAACGAGCUCGCCCAUCCGGGGGAUCGGUUCAUACCGACGAGGUGCUUGAUGAAUCUGGACUUCGCUCGGUCCUCGCUGACGGAAAGGCGACGGAGGGAGCCUGCCGCCAUCGACAGCCCCGUGAUCUUGACCCCUAAGGAUGAGUACAGGAGGAGGGUGGAGGAGAAUAUGAGGCUCGAUUCGGAGGGGAAGCCACGCAGGAUGUUGGUUUUCAGAGGGAGCCCAAGAAACUCCAAACCCAGCGUUCUUCUUGUGGACGAGAUGAUGAAAGAUCAGCAGGCGCGGCUAAGGCCGAUCGAUCGAAUUCGUCAUGUUCCCAAGUCAGCGGAUCGGAUUCUGGAUGGGACGGCACUCCUUGAUGAUUACUACCUAAACCUCAUGGACUGGGGGAAGAACAACAUCUUGGCAGUCGCCCUGGGGCGCUCAGUCUACCUCUGGAAUGCCACGAACAAUUCCGUACAGUUGCUGCUAACAGCAGCAGAUGAGGACGAUCACCCCACAAGCAUUGCCUGGUCCAUGGAUGCCAAGACUGUGGCCGUAGGAUUUGCGAGAUCCAGAGUUGAGAUAUGGGAUGCCAUAGAAUUGCAGCAGGUUAGAAUCCUGGAAGGGCACUCGGCUCGAGUCGGCAGCCUUUCUUGGAAUCAGAACGUCUUGACAUCGGGCAGCCAUGACGCAUCCAUAAUUAACCAUGAUGUUAGAUCUUCCCACCACUUGGCCUCUCGGCUUAGAGCACACUCCGAAGAAGUCUGUGGCCUGAAGUGGUCGGGCGGCGGGAAUCUGCUGGCGAGCGGCGGCAACGACAACCUCGUUCACGUGUGGGAAUCCUCGAAGAUGGGAUCGUCAAAGUACCUGCACAGGUACAGCGACCACUGCGCCGCCGUGAGAGCCCUCGCGUGGUGCCCGUUCCGAUCGAGCACGUUGGCUUCCGGUGGUGGAACUGCUGACCAGUGCAUCAAGAUUUGGAACACCCAAACGGGGAAGUGUACCGACAGCAUCAACACCUCUGCGCAGGUCUGUGCGCUGGAGUGGAACAGACACGAGAAGGAGAUUCUGAGCGCCCAUGGUUACAGUCAGAAUCAGCUGAGCUUAUGGGCAUACCCUUCGAUGACAAAGAUCGCAGAUUUAACCGGGCAUACCGCCAGAGUCUUACACCUUUCUCAGAGCCCGGAUGGAUGCACGGUGGCGUCGGCUGCAGCGGACGAAACAAUUCGUUUCUGGAAAGUGUUCGAACACCAACCUCGACGUGGCUCUUCCAAGCUGGAUGAUGAGGAUCGCCUAUUCUCGUUCAACAGAACGCACAUAAGAUGAAGGAAAUCUUUCUCUUAGUGUAGAUAGUUACUUCACUUCCAAAGAUGAUGGAAUAUGCAAUCAGUGCGAUGAAAAGCUUUUUGAUUCA